UCGCUGUCUCCACUCUCUCUCCCGAACGCACACGUUCUUACCCUCCCGCCCGCUUUCGCAGGUUGUCAGCUGGAAGCAUCAGUCUAGGCCUGCUGGCUUCGGGACAGUUCCUGCGAGGAAUUUUCAGCAGUGGAUACUUCAUCCUGCAAUCGCCAAAGGGUUAUCUGUCCUCGCGGUCGGUGAUGCUGUGACAGACACAUCUUUCACGCUCUGAUCUUCCCGAGGGGGAGCCACUGAGGAUUAGCUGGCAGACGAUGCAUCAGGAGGAGGAGGAGAGGCCGUGUUUAUCUGCUGUCCCCGUGUCACAGAGAGCUUCUGAGGAGCAUUCGGCUGCCAGCGGCUUCGGCGGCCCUCCGACAUCCAGCUGUUCACCUCACUGCCACAGCUAAAGUGAUGAGUCUCAGCCUUCCCUUUCAGGACUAAAAGUGGACAGGAUGUCAAUGGGCUGGACUAUGAUUCUAAAAGAUGACUCUGGUGUAACGGGCUGGACAUGGCGGGUUGGGAACUACCUGCUGCUCUCGAUGUCUCUCAUUGGAAUGCAUGUGAAGUCGGACCUGGAAUUUCCAAAGGACAGGCACUAUACGUGGAAAACGGGUCAUUGGGGCAGAUGCAUGGGGGAAGAAUGUGGUACCGGCGGGGUACAAUCCAGGACGGUGUGGUGCAUCCAUACAGAAGGCUGGACUACACAUCACUCCAACUGCCGGCAUUCAGACAAACCCGAGAGCCAGAGGCCUUGCUUUAAAGUAUGUGAGUGGCACCAGGACCUCUUUGAAUGGGAAGUGUCAGAAUGGGGGCCUUGUGUUCUAGCCCCCCUCCUGUCCAACGAGCUCAAACUGCGGACCGCACAGUGCAUUACAGCCCAACACGGCAUCCAGAGACGGAAGGUCCAUUGUGUGCGCACCUCAAACCGCACAUCGGUUACAGAAAGGAUAUGCGAUUUCUUCUCGCCGCGACCAGCACUCGAGCAGGCCUGCUUGAUCCCCUGCCCUCAUGACUGCAUUGUGUCCGAUUUCUCCUCCUGGUCUGGCUGCAGUAGAACAUGCGGUGCGGGUCUCCAACAUCGAACCCGACAUGUCCUAGCAGCGCCAGUGUACGGAGGCGCCAACUGCCCCAACCUCACCCAAACGAGGACUUGCGCAAACCUUUUCCCCUGUCCGCUUGGGGAAAGCGAGCAUCACUACAGCCUUAAAGUCGGCCUCUGGAGCGAAUGCAGGCAGCCGCAACACAAAGGGCUUUGGAUGAGCGGAAGGACCGUGCUAGACUUCAGCACAGGAGAUACCGAAAGAAACACAGUGAAACGACAUAUCCAGAGCUCCCAGCACCACCAUCACCACCUCCACCAACACCACCACCAGCACAGCCUCAAGGGUUUAGAUGUGGAGAUCGGCUAUCAAACGCGCCAAGUUCGUUGCAUGCGCAGCGACGGAAAAAACGCCAUGCUGAGCCUUUGUACCCUUGACAACGGCCCUGGCACAUUCCAGUCUUGUGUUAUGCCCAGAGACUGCGAGACCUCCGAUUGGUCCGUUUGGAGUCCAUGUUCAAAGACAUGCAGAGCAUCAGAUAUGUCGCCUGGUUUUCGGGUCAGGACUCGAAGCAUAACGCACACUCCCAUUGGACAGGGCAAAGAGUGCCCUGCUCUUGAAGAAAAAGAGGCCUGCAACAUCAUUGGAGAUCUGCUUCCAAACUGCCCAAGGUACGUGUGGAAGAGCACCGAUUGGGGGGACUGUCAAGUGGCCCCUCUUCUUAGCCAGCAGGACAGAAGGCUUGAUAAUGUUAGCGUUCUCUGCGGUGGAGGGAUUCAGACCAGGCAGCUGUACUGCGUCCAGGUCCCAGACAAUUCCACCCCUCAUCAUAGAAAAGAGGUGUCGAGGCCUGUAAAUGGGCAUCUGUGCACAGGAGAUCCUCCUUCCGCUGUGCAGCCCUGCUCCAUACCAUGCCCACAGCUGUGCCUGCUCUCAUCCUGGUCCUCCUGGGGAGCCUGUAUCCACGACAACUGCAUGGAGACGCAUGGACGAAAAGGCUUCAAGCAGAGGAGGAGGGAUGUGCUGGAGGAAGGAUCUGGAACGGAGAACUGUGCUCAUCUCCUGGAGUCAAUGCCCUGUGAGGAUCCACUGUGCUUCCGGUGGCAGGUGCAGAUGGAGAGUGCUUGUGUGCCCAGCAAUGGCACCUGCGGGAAUGGAACCAGCACACAAACUGUGGCUUGCAUCAACUCACAAGGGCAGCUUGUCCCAGAGGAGCUCUGUGAAGAACAGUCUCCCCCUGCUGAGGUGUCCUGUGAGAUGGCCUGUUCUGGUGACUGUGUGCUCAGCUCCUGGUCUCACUGGUCCUCCUGCUCUCACAGCUGCUCCAGCAAAAACUCUGAGGGCCGUCAGAGUCGCAUACGCACCAUAUUAGGCUUGCCAGGAGAAGAUAAGACGUGUCCAGCUGCUACUGCUCUGGAGGAGUGGAGAACUUGUAAUGAUCAUCCAUGCAUCACCUUCUUCUGGGAAGCUUCGCCGUGGGGGCCUUGCAUUGAAGACUCCUCCAUGAAUGUAAAUGGCAGCGGCUACUGGAACGGAACGGCCACCUGUGCUGUCGGGCUGCAGAUCCGUAAAGUGGCCUGCAUGAAAAUGGGCGCCGGGCCGGUUAUUCCCAAAAGGUGUCCAGAAUCUGCCCGACCAGACACUAUUCAGCCCUGUUUACUGCCCUGUAAGAACGAUUGCAUUGUGACUCCUUUCAGCGAAUGGACAGCCUGCCCGACCACAUGCCUGCCAGUGAACAGCAGCGUGGCCUCACAGUCACGAUACAGGAUCAUCAUCCAGCGGGCGGCCAAUGGAGGUCAAGAGUGUCCCGAUACUUUAUUUGAGGAGAGGGAAUGUGAAGCUCUUCUGCUUUGUCCCACUUACAGAUGGAAGACACAUAGAUGGCAUCCGUGUACUCUGGUCCCAGAUUCAGUCCAGCAGGGAAUGACCGGAGCGAGUGAAUCGUGUGGUAAAGGAUUAGAGAUGAGAGGUGUGAGCUGUGUGGAUGAGUAUGAUGAGAUGGUGGCCGUGUCUGAGUGUCUCCGGUGGGCCGGGCCGAUGCCAUCUCGCUUCAGGAGCUGUUGGGUGGCUUGCAAAGAUGACUGUGCCUUCAGUUCCUGGUCGAAAUUCUCUGAAUGCUCUGGAUGUGGGAGCAGACGGACACGCAAACGCACCAUUACAGGUCGUAGCCGAAAACAAGACCGAUGUCAGCGGGAAGACUUGUACCCUCUGGUGGAGUCCGAACCCUGUCCGUGUGAGGAGUUUGUGUCUCAGCCAUACGGUAAUUGGUCGUCUUGUAUCCUGUCGGAGACCCCGGCACAGGGUUGGAGGGGUCGCCGAGAAGCACGCGACUGUGGUCAGGGAUUGCGCUAUCGUGCAAUGUCCUGUCUAGACCACGAAUCCCACCUGGUCAGCCCAGACCUCUGCAGCGAAUCAGGUCUGGUGGAAGAGGUCUGCUACAUGCCCUGCCCUCUGGACUGCAAGCUGAGCGACUGGUCACCGUGGUCAGCCUGCAGCACCUCCUGUGGCAGUGGACUGAAAAUCAGGUCCAAAUGGCUACGAGAGAAGCCUUUCAACGGCGGGAGGCCGUGUCCAAAACUAGACCUCAAAAAUCAGGUGUAUGAGGCAGUUCCCUGUCGAAGUGAGUGUGGUCUUUACGAGUGGCUAACAGACCCCUGGUCAGUCUGUACCAUCAACACAGUGGACGAGCUGCCAGCCUGUGGAGAGGGAGUCCAGAGCCGCAAGAUCUGGUGUGUGAGUCGUGGCAGUGAGGACCCGGUGGCCAGUGUGAAUGAAACCCUGUGUGACCAGGAUGAAAUCCCUCCUCAAGCGCAGACCUGCGUCCUGCCGUGUCCUGACGACUGCGUGAUGUCCCAGUGGAGUCCGUGGAGCACCUGUGCCAUACCGUGUGACGAAAACAGCUCGAGGAUUAGAACGAGGCACGUGCUGCGCCCCCCGGUGGCCGGCAGAGUGUGUCCAGAAAAUAAUCAGACGGAGCCCUGCAUCCUCAACAGCACCUGCUUCAAUUACCACUACAAUGUCUCCAGCUGGAGCACCUGUCAGCUGAGCGAACAUGCCAUCUGCGGCCAGGGCACGAGGACACGACUCUUAGAUUGCAUCCGCAGCGAUGGCAAAGUGGUGGAUUUGAGCGUGUGCGAGGAGUUGGGCCUGCUUCAGCUGUGGAGACUGGCCAUGAAAUGUGUGGUGGACUGUCCCUUUAACUGCAUCCUGUCUGACUGGACGUCCUGGACGGAGUGUUCACACACCUGUGGAGAUAAAGGUGUUAAAACUCGCUUUCGCACUGUGCUCCAGCCGGCUCAUGAAGAGGGACGUCCCUGCGCCUCCCAGCUGUCCCAAACCAUGCCUUGUCCCAUCAGCCCCUGCUACACGUGGCUACUGAGCGACUGGUCUCCCUGCAGAGUCCAGGGAGCUGAGUGUGGAGAGGGCACGAGGGAGAGGAACCUGACGUGUGCACAGCACUGGUCAGACUGGCCGGACAGUCCAAACCCUUCUGAAGCCCUCGAGGACGACAAGUGUGGAGACCGACUCCGAAAGGAGAGCGAGCAAGAGCUGCAGCAGCCGUGCUUUGUCCCCUGCCCAGGAGACUGUCACCUAACGGAGUGGUCAUUGUGGAGCUCCUGUCAGCUCACGUGUCUGGAAGGCCGCAGUUUUGAGACAGUGGGCCGUCAGGCUCGUUCACAAGCUGUUGUCAUUCAGGUGCUGGACAAUCAGGACAGCUGCCCUCAGCAGGUCUUCGAGACCAGACCAUGCAAAGGAGGGAAAUGUCACAGUUAUGAGUGGAGGACCAGUGCCUGGAAUGACAACGAGAGAUCAGUGUGGUGCCAGCGGUCUGACGGGGUCAAUGUGACAGGGGGCUGCUUUCCACAGAACCGGCCGACCACUGUGCGCCACUGUCACCCUCCCUGCACUAAACCCUUCUCCCACUGCAAGCAGAGCGGUGUGUGUGGCUGUGAGAGAGGCUACACUGAAGUGAUGACCACACACGGCUUUCUGGACUACUGCACCAAAACCCCAGGAGCCGACAACAAGAAGGCCGAUGUGAAGACCAGCUCAGGAAGAUUAAGACCAGGCACGACUCAAAUCCAGGACUUCUUCGGCGAGUGGUCCCUGCAGCCGCUCGGCCCAGAUGGAAGAAUAAAGCUGUGGGUCUACGGGUUAACGGCUGGAGGAUUCAUUGUCAUAUUAUUCAUAAUUGCUGUGGCCUUUCUGUUUUGCAAACCAUCCAAACAGUGUAAAAGUGCAUCUCCACCACAGAAGCCCUUGACUCUGGCCUAUGAUGGCGAUGUGGACAUGUGAUCACACGCGCUCUCUCUCUCUCUCUCUCCCUCUAUCUCUAUCUCUCUGACUGUACAUUCAAAGCACAAGCUGGACUACGUGCAACAUUUUCAAAUGUUCAUCUCUCCGAGGCACCCUUUGGAUUCUCAAAAAAUAAAAUAAAAGACAAGGAGUGACAGACAUCAAAGAAGAUGAAAUUUGCAGCGUACACAAAACACUGUGUGCAAGACUGCAAGGACAAAGGUUUUGGAUCAGUGGUCGUCGGGAAAAUUGUGACAUUUAAAAGAAGGUGGCUGACAUUCCACGGACCAGAUGGAGGACUUUGACAUUUUCUUGCCGUGAUUUUUCUUACAUCAGAAAAAAAAAAAACGAGAGAAAAAAAACACAA